UAGCGUCGGUGUUUCCAGGAGCAUGGAGGAGAGUCCUUGAAGGAGGCUGCUGAGGAGCGGAUGUGAGGGAGGACGGUGACAAAGCUGAGGGAUCAGGAGAAGGCUUGAAUAUAAAGACUGACUGGGACAAGCUGACAUUCAGACCGGUUGGAGCUUCGCUCAUCUAAAGAACCUUUCCACUAACGACUGACAGAGGCUGACUGCACGUGAUAUCAGAAUGAGCAUGCGCGGAGCAGUGGCCAGUUGUGUGGUGCUGGUGUGCCUGGUGGCGCUGUUGGUCGAGAGGACAGAGGGACACAUCACAUUCUUCAGCCCAAAGGAGAUGAUGCUGAUGAAGGAACGAGAAGGUAGGAAAGACAUGGAGCCUCGAUCAGAACACGAUCAGUCUGAGGAGCAGCUUGCUAAGAUGGGACGUGAUGGGAGCCCCGGUAGAACGUUGGAGGUAUCUGUCCGCCUUUCACCCAAACAGCUGGAUCAAGUGGCUCCAGUGCUCAAAGAAAUCAUCCAUGAAAUAGUGGACGAGCAUCAGAAAGCUAAAUAACAGCAUGGAGGGCACAAGCGGAUGAACACUGUACAAAUUAAAUAAAACAGCCUAAAAACCUGAACUCUCGAAUGUUUUGUUGUAUUUAAAAUUGGUCAAUAAAGAGGAAAUGAUUGUAUCUUGGGA